AUGGGAGUUGGAUGGGAUAAUUGUGUAGUGGUAGAGAGAAGUAUGUUCAUCAUGCGGGUGCUGCUGAGCCUGUUUCCUCUGCUCCUCAUUGUGUGGAACAGUGAUAGCACUGAGGCUUUACCUGUACGGGACAAGCUAUCACACACCAAUGAGAUAUUGACCAAAGACCAGAAGGACUUGUUGAAGAUGAUGAUGACAGAUAUGGAAGAGUUGAAUCUCACUAGUAAAGAACUAGCAGAUCUUGACCCUGAUCUGCUGAAUGGCAAACUGGGAGAGAGGUCUGUUUUUGGACAGCCUGUCCCUAAAGACAAAUCUCCUUGCAAACUCUUCUUCUGGAAGACCUUCUCCUCAAGUUAA